UAGUCUUCCGGAAAGCCAUACCAAAAAGAAGAAGACGUUGCUUAGUUACAUUAGCUAUUCAACCCACACAUAUUUAGUCUAGCUUCGUUUCAUGUAACGUUAGCAAACUACUUUCAAUAUGCCAUUUAAAGUAACGUUACAUGGAGACUGCUUGGUUAUAACGGCAUAGUCUAAAAAAACAAAGCUAGCUAAUUAACCAACUGAUUUGUCUUGAGUCAUACACUUAGCGUGCAUGCCAGUUCUCGACCAGAGUGCUGAAGGAGACAACUGUUAUGUACAGCCCCAAAGAACUGGAGGGCGAGGUGGAUCACUCGUUUUUCGACAGCGACGCUGAUUGUGACAGCAUCAGCAAAGAGCAAGGGAAGAGUGAAAGAAAGAGUGAAAUAAGCUCUGAGGCUAGAAAGGAGCCAGACAUCCAGCCGGAGGCUCCACAGACAGAGCGGCGUAGGGGUACAGAGAGGUCCGGUGGUGGUACUAGGGACCCUAGUCCUGCAGGAGUAAUAUUUCAACCAAGGACAGAGGAGAAGGGUCAUGGCUUCGAGGCCGAAGACAGGAGGAGCAGGUCUUCGAGCAUAUCGUCCAAUAAAUCAGAGGUGAAGGACGGCAGCGGUGCAGAGGAGGUAUCUAGCAUCCACUCCAAGAGCUCCAGCGACAUCCGCACGGCAUCAUCAGCAGAGGAGCAGGAAGAAGGCGCCGAUGAUGAUGAAGAUGGCUAUCAUCAGAGCCAAGAUGAAAGCGAGGAAGAGUCAGGGAGGCCACUGGGUCAAAGGUUGAUACCCGGACCUAAUGGGACACAACACGGCAUUCCCAAGAAGCCUGUCAGGAAGCUCCGCCACAGGAGUUUGUCCCCAUCUUCCACUUCAUCCGAGUCGGAGACGGAUGAGAGCUACAGCAGUGGGGAGAGCUGCUCCUCCGAGCCCUCUCACUCUGUGGACAUGGUGCAUACUGGAUGCCCAGAGCCCUCUCCCAAGCCCGGGCUCCCAACCCACCAGACAUCCAUGCCUUCCUCCCCCAGAUGGAGGCCCCCCAGGCUGGGCUCGGCAGCGCCCAGAGAGAUGCCUCACACCACCGUCACCCUUGAAGAAGAGGAAGACACUGUGACUGACGUGACCCCACUGUCCACCCCCGACGUCAGCCCUGCCCAGUCCCUGGACCUGGGAGUGGGGAGGGUGGUGGUGGUGGAGGAGGAGGGUGUGGGGCCUGGGGGUGUGGGUGUCAGGCAGCAGCAGCAUAGAGGGACAGAGGGGAGCGCUCCCACUGGUAACCUCAGCAGCAUACCCCAGGAGGAGGAGGAAGGGGGCUCCUGGAACCCAGAUGUAGAAGAAGCCUUCCUCAGUCGCCUGGGGAGUGGCCUGGCCAUCGACUGCCCCAGUGGAGGCAGGAAUAGGAAGAAUUACUCCUUUAGCAACGACGAGGUGCGGCAGAUUGACCGGGAGAACCAGAGGCUGCUGCGCCAGCUGUCGCGCCCAUCGCCCCACUCGCGACCGGGUAGUACGGGGGGCACCAGCACCACCAGUAGCUCCCGGAGGAGGUCCAACGGAGGAGGAGGGGGUCCGCCCCCUGUCCGCCUCUACCACAGUGCCCUCAACAGGCAGCGCGAGCAGCAGCGUAUCGAGAAGGAGAACCUGGCUUUCCUGCGGAGGCUAGAGUCAGUGAGGCCUACCCGGGGCAUGAAGAGGGCAGAGCAGCUGGCAGACUACCAGCGCCAGGCCGGAUACCUGGGCAUCGCCACCUCGCUCUCUGCCAUGGACAGAUCGCCCUCCAAGAUGGAGCGGUCCUCCAGCAGAACGUCACCAGGAAAGAGCCCCAGGCCUGGCAGUACCAACCGCAACCACCAUAGUGCCAGGGCAUCAUCUGCCAUCGCUACCACCUCCACACCCCUACCCAGGCACGCCAGUACGGCAGCGUCCCGAGCAGCAUGGUCCUGAGAGCUGUGCUCAGGGAGGAUCCCCAUUCCCCAACUCCCCCACCCCUUCCAAGUCCUUACCUAUAAGUCAAUAGUUGCCCCUAAACAUUGAUCCAAGGUCAGUUUGACAUUCUUCCCCCAGAUGGUUAAGUUUAGGUUGUUAGGAGUGUCCCACACAAUGAAGGAUCUGUGUCAGAGAUGUGCGAAGCCAGAAAUUGGUCACACUUUGUCCAAACUAAAUCUACAUUGUGCUCUGAUCAUGCACUUGUCCAGUGAUUCUGUUUUAGCCCUCAAUUCUAAUAAAUAAAGGGAUCUGACACUGAUUGUCUGUUUCCCAGAUUUAGACUAAGCCUAAAAUAACUUUCGAUUAAUUUUUUUCCUUGGAGCAUACUUUUUAGUCCAGGAGUAGUAGGCUUCAUUUGGGUCCGGAAAACCAGUCUGAUAUGAUGUAAGAAUGAUAGUGUUGCCGUUAUACAACAAUUCUCAUAAAACUGCUUCACUAUUGCUUCCCAGGACCUACGGCUAGCUGCUAUAAAGUAUUGUGAACUGUGCUUCUGUUGUAAUGGAAGAUAUAACCUGGCUAUAGCCUAGAUAUAGGUAAUAUGGUUCAACUAUAAAAAAAAAUAAAAAAACAUUCAUUUGUCAGCUUAGCAGGUGGUGCUUAUCAAUAUGCUUAGUGAAUAGAGUAAGCACUAAGUAUUCCGUGCUGUAUUUGCACUCUUGUGAAAUAUUUUCAAGUGGAACUUUUCUGUAAUUGUUCUUACAUUAUCAUGAAUAAUGAGAGAGAUAUAUCUUUGUGGUCUGGUAAAGCUUUUUUUAGAAUAUUAUGGGAGAAUUAGUCAUAUAUAUAUAUAUUUUUCUUUAUUGUGAUCCUGUGCAAAUUUCUUGAUGUUUUCCAAUAAAGCUGCUUGUUGCGCGCACCAA